AUGACGAAACAUAUCAAGUUUCGUUUUCAGUCACAAUCACAAGAUUCGUUCGAUCCAGCAGCGAAGGGAGCUUCAACGUCACGUUCUGCAGAGAAUGCUCCUAAAACUAGCUCGGCAGAAGGGCCCAUGUCGAAAGAGAAACAUUCACGAGAAAGUCUGGAGCGGUUAACAAAGGAUGCAAAAGGUGGAAAGCUCAAGAAAGUUCUCACGCCUUCAACUGAGUCAAGCGGAACGGCAACUGGUUCCGCUGAGCUGCAUCGACGGCGGGGUGGAAAACAGUCCCCAUGGUACUAUACUCUUAAUUAG